ACUGAGUCUACGCCUACAAUCCCUAUAUUUCUAAUAGGGGGAGUGUGGCGCUCUUAGCGAGCCUUAUCCAUUCCUCGGAUCGAGGACGAAUCCCGUGCUACAAAUUGCUUUUUACACGUGGAGCAACACAUCUUUAUCUUGAUGGAGCUACUGUAGGAUUGUUAUUAUCCCUUAUUCAGCCUCUCUUCGGCACUUGUUCGUCGUAUCUUUGAAGGAAGCCACGAUCUCAGCUGCAAGCCAAUCUUCUAAUCCAUUUCCCCGCAUUGCGCCUCUUGUUCCACGUUGUGUCCGAGACUCGUUCGCGGGAGUGAUAUUCUCCGAAGUAAGAUACCAUUCAUCUGGCCAGAUAGGCUGUGCGAAGUGGACUUCGGAAGCGUUGCAAUAAUCUCAGAUUCCACGUCGUUGCUCAGGCAUAGAUCAGAUGCCGGCACGGGAUGGUCUGCAUAUCACCCCAUUCAAGCCAAACCUGAGCACAGGUGCAAAUGCCGGCGCUAUACUCGCUUGCACCAUUUCAGCUAUAAGCGCCGUCACCCCCACCGCUACAUUCCUAUCUGGUCUACUAUCUGCCCUAAAUUAGCAUCGCUGGUGAAGAUCCGAAGAUCUUGACUUGUACCUAUAAUAGUUACCCCUGAUAACCUACGAUAGGAUUCUUUUCGGUUUGAUAGCUUCAAGGAAUUCUGCGGAAAAGCAAACUCCACAUGCUUUGUGCACACGGAAAGGGGUGAUUUCGGACGUCCCCCAACGAUUUUCCGCCGCUAUGUUCCACAUGCGAAAGGUAACACUAGUAUGGCAAACACCGACUUCGCCCUUCUUCUCAACGAGAUCUACUUGGGAACAUAUUGAAGACGCUCGCAAUAGAAGAAGUAGGAGGCAUUAACUUUAUGGGGAGAGGAAGAAACCGAGAAACUCGAUACAGACAAGAUGAGGUUCCUUUGUUUACCAGGUGCCUACGGCAGUGCGAAACACCCUUCUGCAAAGAAAUGUCCAGUGAUGGCAAAACCGAAUUCUUCUUCACUCAAGGAGAAAUAUUAUGCGAUCCGCCCCCAGGAUUUCUCGACUACUUCGGUCCAGCUCCCCACUACCGCUUCAUAGAAUACGACGGCAUCGAGCAAAACGACGUCCUCGAACGCGUGCGCGACUUCCCAGAAGGGGAAAAUCCUGAAGACGUCCUUCGUGAGCUCAUGCCCGAAGGUUCAGACGGGAUUCGCUCUUCAGUGCGCAACGCCCUCGAUGCAAUCUACGCUACGAUCGAGAAACACGGCCCUUUCGAUGGCAUAUGUGCGUAUUCUGAAGGCACCGUCGUGGGCUCUACCCUGAUCAUGGAUGAGCGAAAACGAUUUGAGGAUGAGGGACGGCCAAGAAGUAUCAAGCGCGCUGUGUUCUUCGCGGGUUGGCCACCCUUGCAUCUCGGGAGGAAUGAGAUGUUGCUUAGGGACAAUAGCGAGGAGGUUGUGGAUGUGCCGACGCUGCAUUGUGUUGGUGCUGAUGAUCCGUACCUAGCUGGUGCCAUGGCCCUCUACAAUGUUUGUGAGCAGGAUGACGCGGUACUGUUCGAUCAUGGGAAGGGGCACACGAUCCCUAGGGAUGCGCAGACGCUGAGGGAGUUGGGGGAUGCGGUGAGGGGAUUAGGGAAGGCUUGUUUCUAGGUAGAGCUUGAGGAGUUCGAUCGAUCGAUUCAAAUUGACCAUUAUUUCGCGUCUUGACGUUUUGCUUGGUCCUUUGAUAUUCUACUUUGAGCCUGGCCGUGCACUUCCAUUCUGUGUCUCGGCGUGAGCUAGAAUCGUUGCAGUCUUUCAUCUCCGAAUAUCCCGCGGUAACCUCGCGAAGUUAGCAAAUAGAAACCUCAUUCCUUAUC